UCGACCUGAUCGACUUUGCACGCACCAGCGUCAAGGAUCACUCAAUCCGCUGGUACCAGGCUUUGGACGAGCUGUCUCGCUUUCUCCUCUUCAUCAACAACAGUCUCAGCUUUGUGCUCUUCAUGAACGGACGCCAAUUCCGCAAAGGCCUCCGUUGCCUCGUGCUGAGUGUGCGCAGAUACUUGACGUCAGGUCGACGAGCCCGCUGCCGUAAAAGUUGCCGUCCAACCAGAACCAUUUGCCAAAAGCAACACUGCGUCUGGCACCGAGCCACAACUCACCAAAGCAUCAUUCAUCAAACCAUGCACAGCGUCCGUAGAGUCCAGGUUCAGUCUGAAGUAAGGACGAGAAGACAACAUCAUAUUCCUUGUCGUUGUGUUGUUAAAACAGAAAAGAGAGCAGAGGAUCCGACUAAAAUGGGACAAAAUCCGUCUAAGCUGGGCUACAAUCCAGAAUUUGCACGAUUCAGUCACCACUCGAUCCAAUUCUACCAUCUUUGC